AUGACCAGACCCUGGGGGGCCCGCCUGCUCCUGCUCACCAUUCCGCUGGCCCUGGUGGACAGCGCGGACCUCGACAAUAUGAAAGUCAAGGUGCUGAGAGAAUUGAAGAAAGUGAGCCCCUCCAGUGCCAACGUGAGGCAGUGCCUGUGGUUUGCCAUGCAGGAGUUCAACAGGGAGAGCGCCGAGAAGCACCUCUUCCAGGUGGUCAAGGUGCUACAAGUCCACCUGCAGGUCACGGAUUGUUUGGAAAACCUCAUCGAGGCCGACACUGCCCGCACCAAUUGCAGGAAGCUCUGCAAAGGCAGCGAGAGCUGUGUCCCGAAGGGAAACCCCAGGCCGGAGGAGGCAGGUGCAAACCAACCGUCCGCGGUGGCCCUGGCUGCUCUGAGCCCCCCGCAGAACUCGGGGUACCCAGACCUCCUCCUUGAGAUUCAGAGGUGCACCUUCCUGGUGGGCGCGCUCCCCUGGCACAGCGACUUCACCGUGAUGAGGAAAGAGUGCGUGGACGUCUAG